CUCCCCCAUUUACCCCCCUCUCUCUCUCUUCACCCACCCUCUUCUCAUAUCCUUCUCCUUCUCUUUCUCUCUCUCCUCCAUCUCCAUUUCUUUAAUUUCUUUUCUCUCUCUUUUUACCUCUCUCUUUCUCUCUGUCCUCGCUCGUUUUUCCUUCUCCCUCUAUCUUGAUGUCUCUUUACACAUUCGGGGGGAAGAGUCGGGGUUAGAUAGAUAGAAGUGAAAAUGGAUUCUAAUGGUGAUGGUGGGUAGUGAAGGAGGAUGAGGCCGACACUCGGCGGUGGCUGAAAGAACGGGUAUAUGAGAGAGGUAAGUGUGGAGCAGAGAAAGUGUGCUAAUUGUUUUUGAGUUGAUUUCUAAUUUGUUGCUUUAGUUGAUUUUGUGGUUGCAAUGUUUGUUGAUUUUGAUUUUGUGAUUGUUUUUGGGGUUGUUUUUGUGUUAUUGUUAUCGGCCCCGCAGGGGCUUUUUUUUUGGCCAUUUGCAACUAGUUGCAACUUAUUAUGCAACUAAAGGUAACUUUCAAAAGAUUUUUUUAAGUUGCAUUUGUAGUUGCAUACAUGGUUGCUAGCGUUGCAGAUAUGGUUGCAUAUGCAACCUCCGUAUUUUUGCAAAUAUAUUUUGAAGUAUAGUAUUUUUGCAAUUUGUUUUAAAAAUUGAUAGUAAUUUUGCAAAAUAUCAUUUAGACUUGGGUAUUUAUGAGAAAAGCCCUUAUUCUAAUUACUUCAAGAAAAUCUGAAAACUAUGACACGUGCAUAGGGUAUAGCACAGUAGCACUACAGCCAGCCCAGCAAGAGCAUGUGCGCCAUUUACCAGGAAAAGGAAAAUCCAAAUGGGCCGGCCCAAUUAAAAAUGUAAAACUCAGUUACCGCUGUCGGAGAUGUAAUUCUAGGGUUUUACUUGGAGUGAAAAGUAGAGUGAGAACCGGCGCGAGUUUGAAACUUUGGAGACUACAGAGCGCGUAUAUUACCAAUUUAUUACAACUUUACUAGUUACUUUACUUGUUUAACAGAGAAUAUGUUCAUCAUUAACAAGUUGCAGGAUGGUCAAUAAUGGAGUAGCGGUUGGGAUCGAUCUAGGUACAACAUAUUCUUGUGUUGGAGUAUGGCAACAUGAUCGAGUUGAAAUCAUUGCGAAUGACCAGGGUAACAGAACUACACCCUCAUGUGUUGCUUUUACUGAUUCAGAGCGUUUCAUCGGUGAAGCUGCUAAAAAUCAGGCUGCUUUCAAUCCUGCCAACACUAUUUUUGGUACUUGUAUUAUCUAUGCUAAAAGGUUGAUUGGGAGGAAAUUUUCAGAUUCAACUGUGAAAGAUGAUAUGAAGUUCUGGCCAUUUACGGUGGUUGGUGAUUCUGAUGACAGGCCCAAGAUUGUUGUGAAUUACCGAGGUGUGGAGAAACGAUUCUUACCCGAGGAGUUGUCUGCCAUGGUUCUCUGUAAAAUGAAAGAAAUUGCUGAGGAGUACUUGGGAAAGGAAGUAAAGAAUGCUGUUGUCACUGUCCCUGCGCACUUUAGUGAUUCACAGCGCCAGGCGACAAAAGAUGCAGCAAGAAUAGCCGGACUCAACGUAUUGAGAAUCCUUGUUGAGCCGACAGCUGCUGCAAUUGCUUAUGGUCUUGACCAGAAGCUUACAAGUAGUUCAUCAGGGGAGAAAAUAGUUCUUGUUUUUGAUCUUGGUGGUGGUACUUUUGAUGUUUCUCUCCUUAAUAUUACAAAGAAUAGCUGUAAAGUACUGGCUACUGCAGGUGAUACUCACCUUGGAGGUGAGGACUUUGACAAUCGUUUGCUGAAAUAUUUAGUUGAGGAAUUUUCAAGGAAGCAUGGAAAAGACAUAAGUAAAAGUGCUAAAUCCUUGAGAAGAUUGAGAAAUGCUUGUGAAAAGGCGAAGAGGGUUUUAUCUCAUAGUGCUGUGACAACUGUUGAUAUAGAAUCUUUGUAUGAAGGAAUUGAUUAUCAUGCAAAAAUUAGUCAGGCUAGAUUUGAGGCUUUAAAUUUGGAUCUAUUUAGAAGUUGUCUGGACACUGUAGAGAAGUGUUUGAAAGAUGCUGAGAUAGACAAGAACAAUGUUCAAGAAGUUGUACUUGUGGGUGGAUCUACUAGAAUUCCCAAAGUGCAACAGUUGCUGCAGCAGUUUUUUAAUGGGAAGGAACUUUGCAAGAAUAUAAAUCCUGAAGAGGCUGUUGCUUAUGGGGCAGCUGUACAAGCUGCCAUAUUAAGUGGUGAGGGUAGUCAGAAUAUCAAGAAUUUGAUGGUGCUUGAUGUUACUCCUCAAUCUCUUGGUAUUGAAGUACAUAAUGAUGGUCUCAUGGAAGUAAUUAUUCCGAGGAACACAACUUAUCCCAUUUCAGUGGAACAAACAUUUUGCACAGGUUAUGAUGGUCAAAAAUAUGUUAGAAUCGGAGUAUACGAGGGUGAGAUGCCAAGAGUGGCAGAUAAUAACUUACUUGGGGAGUUUGAACUAUCUGGGCUGCCUCCUGCCCCAAGAGGCAAAGAUGAAAUUUUGGUGACCUUUACAAUUGAUGCCAACGGGGUACUAAUUGUUUUUGCCGAGCAUAAGAUUUCUAGACUGAAGAACAGCAUUAAAAUCAUCAAAGGAGGAACGCUAUCAGAGGAGGAGAUUGAAGUAAUGGUAAAGGAUGCUGAACAUUUGAAGGCUGAAGAUGAGGAAUUCAGGAAAAAGGUCAAGGCAAUACUUGCAUUUGAGGAUUAUAUACAGAACAUGAAAGCCAUCAGCCAAAGCAACUGCAUGCUUGAAGCUUCUGUUAAAGAUAUGUUAAAUUAUUAUUUCAAGGAGGCAACUGAAUGGAUAAACUCAAACAAGGAUGCUGCAAUAUACGAGUUCAAGUACAAGACGCUGCAGCUAGAAUCAAUCUGCAAUAAGCUCAUUCCUGGCAGUGAAGGUAUGGAGAUUGAGGAAUAUGAAUAAUGUCAGUAUUUACUUGCAAGAUUCUGAAUGUUUGUUGUGUUUAACUGUUUUGGAUAUCAACAAUUUAGCUAUGUUAGCCUAUUGGGGUAAUCUGAAUGUGUAUUAGCUGUUGGUCUAAUCCUCUGAUUUUUGUGAAAAGAGCAACUUUCUUUGCAAAUACUUUCUUCUGUUAUCCCUUAUUAUAUUGCCAAAACAGUAUUGUUUAGAUUGAUAUUGAUAUGAUUUCAGGUUUUGAUGCGA